AUGGAAAACUUUGGAAGAACAGCACCUUUGAUAAAACACAUAGAGAGAAAAAGGAGCCAGGAGUAUACAGAAGAAACAUCAAGGGUAUCUUCUGAGGACGAAUCCCUUGCCUGGCACUCCCCAUGGAGAUCAUCAUCCUCCUCACCCGCCACAAGCACUGCCAACAUUGCUCUUCCAGAGGCUGCCACCACCGCUGCCGCCGCCAACGCCACCGCCGCUGCCGCCGCUGCCGCCGCAGCUUCACUACAAGAACAUGCUGCAACCACUGAUUCACCAAAGGGUGCUGGGGCCGCAGCCGCCGCCGCCGCCGCGGCUGCCGCCGCUGCAUCAGCUGCCUCGGCAGCCGCCACCGCUGCUGCCGCCGCUGCAUCAGCUGCCUCGGCAGCCGCCACCGCUGCUGCCGCCGCUGCAUCAGCUGCCUCGGCAGCCGCCACCGCUGCUGCCGCCGCUGCAUCAGCUGCCUCAGCUCCCUUGGCUGCCGCCACCGCCGCUGCAUCAGCUGCCUCAGCUGCCUCAGCUGCCUCAGCUCCCUCGGCUGCCGCCACCGCCGCUGCAUCAGCUCCCUCGGCUCCCUCGGCUCCCUCGGCUGCCUCGGCUGCCACCACCGCCGCUGCAUCAGCUCCCUCGGCUCCCUCGGCUGCCUCGGCUGCCACCACCGCCGCUGCCUCGGCUGCCUCGGCUCCCUCGGCUGCCUCAGCUGCUGCCGCCACCGCUGCUUCCUGUACCCGCCACAGUGGUCCAUCACGGAUGACUGUAUGGAGAAGAAAGAAGGCAAAACAGGAGGAUGCAGAAGCCUUAAAAAAGGAGGAAGGGCGCCAACAACAGCCCCAAGAGGAGCCCCAAGAGGAGCCCCAAGAAGAGCGCCAAAACCAAUGCCGACAUUGUGGACUUCCCAGGACCCUGUUGAAGGGGCAUGCCUUUUACAAAGGGCAUUUCUACUGCACACACACUGCAGGGCCUGGGGCAAAGUCUGCCAAUGAGUGGCUGAAGGAGCAGGAAGAAAAGGAAUCACCAAAAAUUCCCAGGACAACUGCCUUCACCAUGAAGAAAAAGUGGGAGAAUGAGCAUAGUUUCAAACCUCCAGAAAACAAAAGGAAGCGGAAUAAACUUAGAAUCUGCCAGCUGUGUGGCCUGCCAAAGCAGAAAGAUUAUGGCCACAGCCAGCACCAGUCUGAACACUUUUGUGCUCUUUACGCUGGCAAAUCUGUAGAGUUGUGGCUGGCAGAGAGGAGGUGUAUGGAGUGACCCACCACAAUAUCACUUGUGUCAUUAUGUUGUGUGUGUGUGUAAUAAAAAUAUGUUACCUCUAA